AUGUCUGCGACACCUUCUCCACCGGGCACAGACCUCAGCCAUGAUCGGCAGGGCAGCAACGCUAAUGGAGAGCCACCCCCAGAAGGGCCAACCGAUAGUCAUGUUUUGUCUCAGGUUGAACAAGACGAAAAGGGAUUAUCGCAGCAAGCGGGCAAUGCUGCAGAAAUCACUGAUCUCGGUUGGAGUCAACCUUCCAAGCAUUUUCAGCAGCCAAUUAUUGGUGGACUAUCGAACGAGGAUCUGUGGAUGCUUAUCAGACGAUUUGAUAAGCAAGUCUACAACGUCAAAGCGGUGCCAGAUGCUCCACUACAGAAUCUUGACCUGACUCAAUCAGCCGACGAUGAGUUUUCGCCGGAAAAACUCAGAACUACCCUUGAAAGAUUCUACACUACAGUUAUAAUUGGUCUGACAAGUCUGAUCAAACAUAUUGCUCGCCUAAGGUCUUGGAAAGAGCCUCGACGAACAGCUAUUUUCUGUACAGUAUAUGCUGUGGCCUGGCUCUUGAAUCAACUCAUUCCAUCAUUAUUAAUGGCGUUGCUUGCCUUGGUUGUCUUUCCAUCAUGUCGGCCGGUUAUGUUUCCCCCGGCGCCUCUUGCUCUUGUGGAUAAGAAUACCGGCGGCGUCCAGAAGCCCAAGGCCGGCGUAUUAGGAUCUCAUGAUAGCAUGACUGGUGCACCAGAGAACUUCAAAGGCGAGGCUGCUGAGCAAGAAGCCAGCAAUCUAGUGUCCGGUGUCGCUACUGUUGCUGUUGGUAGUGCCGUUGGGAAAAAUGAUCAAGCUGUCCCAGAAGAUGCAGCUUUAGAAGGAGCUGUACCUGAUGCCACGGAUAUUGUUGACAGGUCCGUGGAUGCACAGAGCGUUGCACAGGGAGGAAUACCUGCAGACUCUCAUGAUAAAACCCGGCAGCCUAUGAAGCAGUCUGUUUUGGAUGCUGCCAAUCUCUCUAUGCAGGUCAUUAAUGAUAUCACGGACACGUACGAGAAGUUUGGAAAUGCUUUAGCGGGCACAGCCCCGUUUCCACGACUUGCUCCUCGACUACGCUUGGCCUCGGUGAUAGUACCCUUGUGCCUCAUAUCGGCAUUUGUAAACAGCUAUAUUUUCAUGAAAGCAAGUGGCUUCCUUAUUGGAGUUGUCUUUUUUGGAGACCCCAUCAUUUGGCGCAGCAUCAAGUUUUUGGACUUUCAUAUCCCUCACUGGCAAAAGAUUUUACUGCCGCAAAAUUCGUUGCUCAAAGGGAUCCCUACGAAUGCUCAGCUAACUCUCACCCUGUUGCGAAUUGGAGAGGCCAACGCAUCACCAUUGCCACCACCUCCAACCUCUAAGAGCAAACCUCCGUCUCGACCAGCCUCACUGCAUCAUGAGGAGCUUACCGUUGGUGCUUCGAAAGAAGAAAUUACAAUUGCUGCCUCGCCCGAGCCCAAGCCCGUGCCGAAGAAACUCGAGGGUUCAUCUCCCGCAAUACCCAGAAACACCUGGUCAUCCAGAAUAAUCGGCUUCUUUCGUGGGACUACUGCCACAGGAGUGGAGAGUAAAAGAGGCGUCGAUAGGAUGCGCGCCGUGGUCGGUUCCCGUCAUGCUGCCAACAGACUUGGUGUCCUGCGCCCAAAGGGUAAACAAAGUUUACCUACCGGACCAGUCGGCUUUGAGGCACGAUACAAAGGUAAGCGUGGGGCUGUUGUUAUUGACUCCACAAAAGAGCCUCCGGUGCUUUACUUUACAACCGAUACUGAGCAUAGCGACGCACAACUGGAGAGCCAAAAGAGUGGUUCGGUACUGUUCACCAUUCCAGUGACCGAUAUCCGAGAAAUGAAGAAGCAGGGGGGACUGGGCUGGAAAGGCAAACUAGUUGUCGGAUGGGCUAUGGGAGGCAAAGAAGUUGUUGAUGGACUGCUCAUUGUCGGCAAAGAGCCGCGUCAGUCUUACCAGCUGACGGCCAUGGUAAUGAGAAAUCAGCUCUUCAAUAGGCUGAUUGCUAUCGAUGGACAGGUCUGGGAGCGCUGUUAA